UAGCGGUCGCAUCGGAGGACGAUGGCUGCCGCGGACGCGUCCAGGUGCGGGGUUCAGGCGCCGGGACGGCCACCUGUAGACUGAGCCCGGAGCUAAGGUGCUCAUUCCCCAUCAGUAUCUCAAGAGUCUCGCUUGUAGGAGCUUGAACCUUCUCAAGAGCAGUGACUGGCAGCAGUGUGACAAGGCCUGGUCAUCUACCGGGCCUGGGCCCAGCUUCUAGCAGCACCCAGACUUUCCAGGGUUUUCCUUUCAUACCAGGCCUUUCCCUUGGAUGGAGCAUGGUGUAAAACUGACCAUCAUUAGCUUUUAGAUGUGACUAAAAACCUGGAACAGCUAGGAAAAGAAACCUCAAGGUAUGGAUGACAAAGGGGACCCAAGCAGUGAAGAAGCACCUAAGGCGAUCAAGCCCACAAGCAAAGAGUUCAGGAAAACAUGGGGGUUUCGGAGAACCACAAUCGCUAAGCGUGAGGGUGCGGGAGAUGCCGAGGCGGACCCUGCCGAGCCGCAGCCACAGCAGCACAGCCUCUCCCUGCGCCGCAGCGGGCGGCAGCCGAAGCGCACGGAGCGGGUGGAAGAGUUCCUUACCACAGUGCGCAGACGCGGAAGGAAAAGUGUGCCUGUCUCCCUCGAGGACUCCGGGGAGCCUGCGUCCUGCCCCGUCACAGACGGGGAGACUGCCUCCGAAGGGAGCGUUGAGAGUAGCUCUGAAAGCAGAAGUGGCCCCGUGCCCAGCUCCUCGGGGGUGAAGGAAGGCUCUGUCUCUGAAAAGGUCAGAGGGGGUGACGAUGAGGAAGACACCUCUGACAGUGACAGUGACGGCCUUACUCUGAAGGAGCUCCAGAGUCGCCUUCGAAGAAAGCGAGAAGAGGGGUCCGCAGAGAGGCCCCCGAAAGGCACUCAGAAUCGCCCGCGGAAGGAGCGCCCCGGUGACACGGUGGACACGGAGGCGAGCAGCGCUGGUGAGGACGCCACACCCUGCAAACGGGAGCCUGAGGCUGGCCAGGGGGCCGGGGCCCAGGCUUCCGAAAGCGACAGAGAAAACCUGUCCGAGGGAACAGAAACUCAAGGAACGGAAGAUGAAGGCCCUGGGGACACAGGAAAACCCGAGCCCGAGUGUGAAGUUUAUGACCCCAAUGCUCUGUAUUGCAUCUGCCGCCAGCCUCACAACAACAGGUUUAUGAUCUGCUGCGACCGCUGUGAGGAAUGGUUCCAUGGUGACUGUGUGGGCAUUUCCGAGGCCCGAGGGCGGCUCCUGGAAAGGAAUGGGGAAGAUUACAUCUGCCCAAACUGCACCAUUCUGCAAGUGCAGGAUGAGACAAACUCAGAAGCCACAGAGGAGCAGGAGCUCAGAUGUAGACCUGAAGGCGCUGACAGCACAGAGUGCACAAGUAUAGGGACAGUGGAGCAGAAGUCUAGUGAGGACCAGGGGAUAAAAGGUAGAAUCGAGAAAGCUGCAAAUCCCAGUGGCAAGAAAAAACUCAAGAUAUUCCAGCCUGUUGUGGAGGCUCCCGGUGCUGCUAGGUGCAUUGGCCCUGGGUGCUCCAGUGUGGCACAGCCUGACUCGGUGUACUGCAGUAAUGAUUGUAUUCUCAAACAUGCAGCAGCUACUAUGAAAUUUCUAAGCUCAGGUAAAGAACAAAAACCAAAACCUAAAGAAAAGGUCAAGAUGAAGCCAGAAAAACUCAGUCUUCCCAAGUGCAGUGUUCAGGUAGGGAUUAAAAUCUCUUCUGUGCACAAGAGACCAGCUCCAGACAAAAAAGAAAACCCAGCCAAGAAGGUGAUGGUGGCCCCUCCUAGAAGUGAAGCCUCAGGGAAGGAGGCAGCUUGUGAAAGCAGCACUCCAUCCUGGGCAAGUGACCACAACUACAACGCAGUGAAGCCCGAGAAGCCCGUCGCAGCAGCGCCCACUUUGUUGUGUAAAUCCGUGAAAGAUGAUAGGAGGACAGAGGACAGAACUGUGGUAGCCUCAAAGAAAAUAGCUCCUCCUGGAUCCUUGGUGGGCAGACAGCCUUCGCCUAGAAGUCUGGUUCCAAAGAAGCCUUCUCCCUUUGCGAAUGUGCCAGGAGCCAAGGCGACCGCUAAAAAGUCACCCUCAGGCUUCAAGGGCACCAUCCCCAAGAGGCCGUGGAUCGCCGCUGCUCCUUCAGGUGCUGCUGCCAGGCAGGCAGGAGCCAUGUCUACUGCUGUGACGGCAGCUCCCAAAAAGUCCCCUGGCUCUGCAGCUGUGACCGGAGCCAUCAGGAAGCCAAUGGUAGCCAAUGCUGCUGCAGCCGCUCCAGCCCCAGGCCGCAUCGGUGCCUCCGGCCCGGCCCCAGCACAGCCAAACUCACAAAUACGGCAAAAUAUAAGGCGCUCCUUGAAAGAGAUUCUAUGGAAAAGAGUCAGUGACAGUGAUGACUUGAUCAUGACAGAAAACGAAGUAGGAAAAGUCGCCCUCCACAUCGAAAAGGAAAUGUUUAACUUGUUCCAAGUUACAGAUAAUCGCUAUAAGAGUAAAUAUCGCAGCAUCAUGUUCAACCUAAAGGACCCCAAGAAUCAGGGACUUUUCCAUCGAGUUCUGCGAGAGGAGAUUUCCUUGGCAAAACUGGUGAGGAUGAAGCCAGAAGAGCUUGUGUCCAAAGAGCUUUCCGUGUGGAAAGAGAGGCCGGCAAAACCUGUGGCCGAGUCCAGGGCUAAGUUGCAUCCUGAAAGUAAGAAGACCACUGUUAAGUCAGAAACCAUUCCUGACAUGGAAGAUUCCCCACCAGUGUCAGAUUCAGAAGAGCAGCAGGAGUCAGUACGAGCUGCCCCCGAGAAGAGUGCAGCCCCUCUCUUGGACGCCUGCAGCAGCAUGUUGAAGGACACGACAAGUCAGCACCGGGCCCAUCUUUUUGAUCUAAACUGUAAGAUUUGUACAGGUCAGGUUCCAUCAUCAGAAGAUGAACCAGCUCCUAAAAAACAAAAACUGUCCACUUCUGUGAAGAAAGACGACUUGAAGUCCAAGUAUGACAGCUCUCCCUCUGAUCCAGUUCCUGGCUCGGCUGGUGAAAGGAUCACAGAGACUUUGCCUGAAAGUGCUUCUGAGCCAGACCUGGGAAGUGCUUCUCAUCCACUCCUGGAGAGGAGAUGCUUCCCUGGACCCUCAGGAGAGGAUCACCCUGAGCCUUCCCCACUGGAAGGCCUCCCUGCGUCUGCAGCCUCCUGCGGGGCUGGAGUGGUCACUACCGUUACCGUGUCCGGCCGAGACCCCAGGACUGCUCUGAGUGGAUUGUGCACAGUCACCACCUCCACUGUAGCCCACCUAGACAGCACCCACACAGCAGAAGCCAAAUCUGACAUGCUCAAGCCUGCUCUGACCCCUGUAAUGGUGCCGAAGUCCAUACUGGCUAAGCCGUCCCCAUCCUCUGACCCAAGAUACCCGUCGGUUUCAUCAUCACCAAAUCUCAGCGUCUCCGAGUCGCGGUCACCCCCAGAAGGAGACACAACUCUCUUCUUGUCUCGCCUUGGCACUAUUUGGAAAGGAUUUAUUAACAUGCAGAGUGUAGCAAAAUUCGUCACUAAAGCGUAUCCUGUCUCUGGGUGUUUUGAUUACCUCAGUGAGGACUUGCCCGACACGAUCCACGUUGGUGGGAGGAUUGCUCCGAAGACAGUUUGGGAUUAUGUUGGCAAGCUCAAGUCUUCCGUGUCUAAGGAGCUCUGUCUGAUCCGCUUUCACCCUGCAACAGAGGAGGAGGAGGUCGCCUACAUUUCUCUCUACUCCUACUUUAGCAGCCGUGGCCGCUUUGGGGUUGUAGCUAAUAACAGCAGGCACGUGAAGGACCUCUACUUGAUUCCACUGAGUGCUAAAGACCCCGUGCCAUCUAAACUCUUGCCCUUUGAGGGACCAGGCCUUGAGUCACCACGUCCAAAUAUAAUCCUCGGGUUGGUGAUCUGUCAGAAAGUAAAGCGCUCUUCCAGUGCCGGAGAGGGAGAUGAGAAACGGGCCCGGCUUCCGCAAGAAGAAGCGGAUGUUUCAGUCUAUCCCAAAGCAACGUCAGCCCUGCAGUCUGAGAAGCAGCCCAGCAGGUGCCCGCUGUACCCUGCGGACGUGGCUGUCAGCACCACGCCCCCCGGCUCUCCUCCACCUCCACCCCCUCUCCCCGAACCUCCCGGGACGAAAAUACUGCCGUCCCUUAAGCCAGAGGCCACCGGCACGGCCACAGUGCCUCCCACGUCAGCCGCCAAGACCGCUUCACCCCUGGAGCACAUCCUGCAGACUCUGUUUGGGAAGAAAAAAUCAUUUGAGCCCCCUGCUAAAGAGUCUGCAGGACUUCUUCUGGCUCCCCAUCCCGAUUCCAAAGCCCAGGGCGACGACAGUGGCCCUGCAGCGGCUCCUUUGCUAGACCCAAUCGUCCAGCAGUUUGGUCAGUUCUCAAAAGACAAGGCUUUAGAGGAGGAGGAAGACGACCGUCCCUAUGACCCCGAAGAAGAGUAUGAUCCUGAAAAGGCCUUUGAGGCCCCUCCUGCCGAGCGAGGAAAGCUCCGUGACGUGGAGACGGCUCCUGAGACGGCCGAGAGGGAGGAGGUGGCCUAUGACCCCGAGGAUGAGACCAUCCUAGAAGAAGCCAAGGUGACCGUGGAUGACCUACCCAACAGGAUGUACACAGACAUGAGCAGCAGCUCCUCCGAGAGGCCUGUGGCGUACAUGGCCGGUGUCUCUACGCCCUCUCUGGUUGAGCAACAGAAAAUGCUAGAAGAACUGAACAAGCAGAUUGAAGAGCAGAAGCGGCAGCUGGAGGAGCAGGAGGAAGCUCUGCGGCAGCAGCGGGCGGCUGUCGGGGUCUCCAUGGCACACUUCUCUGUGUCGGACGCCCUGAUGUCGCCACCCCCCAAGUCGUCGCUGGCCAAGGCAGAGCCGUUCGCACAGGAGCCGCAGGCCUCAGACCUCAGUCAGGGAGCACUGGCAAGCCACGGCCCGGACGCCAGGCAGAACAGAGACCCACGGCAAGCCAGGCGGCUGGCGGCCGAGAGCAUCGAUAGUGAGCCACCCCCCAGGGUCCAAGUGGGCAGCGCGCUGGGCCUACAGAGCCCCCUGCCUGGGAGGGAGACGCCUGCUGGGGUCACAGCCGGCCAGGGGCCCGCACUGGGCCAGGAAGCAAGGGAGCCGGGGAUUGCCCCCUGGGCUCCGGCCGAAAAGGCUAUGCCCAUGCCCGAGCAAGAAAGCCAGCGGUGUGAACACCCCGGAAACCCCGUGCCGCUGCCCUUGGAGAACAUCCACCCCCCAGGCGCGGGGGAGAACGCAGCCAGGCCUGCCCGAAGAGUGCUGCUGCCCACCCCCCCGGGCCCCGCCUUCCAGCCCGGCUUCCCCCUGCAGAACGACGCGCAAGGCUUCGGCGCUCCCGGGGCUCGGGAGCCUUUCUCCAGUCCAGUGUUUGCACCUCAGGAAAAGCCUCUGGUCCCAUCCCAGUAUGAGGACCUAAGGAACAUUCCGGCUGCCGGGAAGAGCGACAGCCUGCCCGUGGACACGGAGGGCGGCAGGGAGCCGCAUCCCAGGCCUUUGGAGGGCACGGCUCCUUUCCUCUCUCCGGGGCAAAGGGGAGGGCCCCCUCCCCCCCAGUUUCCCGGCCAGCGCGAACUCACACCUCGCACUUUUGGGGUGCCAGGACUCCAUGGCCCCAAUUUCCCAGGUCCAAGGGGAGCUGUCCCUCCAUUUCCAGAAGAGAGUAUGGUUCCUAACAGUGAGGGGCCGAGAGGCCCUCUGCCCGUCAGGUUUGGGGCCCAGAAGGGGCCCAUUCCGUCCUUAUUCUCGGGGCAGCGCGGGCCUCCGCCUUUUGGGGACAGCAGGGGCCCCUCGGCCUCUUACCUUGGGCCCAGAGGCGGCGCCCCCGGCCAGUUCGAAGAGCACAAGGAUCUUCAUGCAGACCAGCGGGAAUCGCAGGACGCCCCGAUGGGCGAGAUGCCCGGCCCCUCCGCCCCGUGUGACGGACCGGAGCAGGCUCCAUUCAUGGGGAGCAGGGGCCCCACGCCUUUCCAGUUUGGAGGCCAGAGGCGGCCUCUUCUGACUCAGAUGAAAGGGUCUCGUGGAGGUCCCCCACCCUCUCAGUUCGGAGGCCAGAGGGGCCCGCCCCCAGGUCAUUUUGUGGGUCCUCGGGGGCCCCAUCCUGGUCAGUUUGAAGGGCCCCGAGGCCAAGCACCCGGCUUCAUGCCUGGCCCCCGUGGUGUUCAGCCGCAACAAUUUGAGGAACAGAGGGUGAACUCACCCCCCAGAUUUGCGGGGCAGAGGCCCACGGCACCCCUGCCGUUUGGGGGGCCGAGGGGCUCUGCACCCUUCUCCGAAAAGAACGAGCAGACAGCUCGAUUUCACUUUCAAGGCUCGUCCUCCCAAGCGGGGAAGCCUCCGCCGAGGCCCCUGCUGGAGCUCCCCAGCCACCCUGCACAGCACCGGAAGGACAGGUGGGAUGACGCAGGCCCAGCCCUGCCCUCAGGCGCAGCGCCCGGACAAGGCCCGGAGGCCGAUGGGCAGUGGGCAGUGUCGGACUUCCGAGAAGGCAAAGGCCACGAGUAUAGGAACCCGGCCUUUGAAGGGAGGCAGCGGGAGCGGUUUGAAGCUGGCCCCAAAGAAAAGCCACUGGACGAGCUUGAAGGGCCGGACAGCAGGCAAGGCCGGGGGUUUGAAGACAGGAGGCGAGAUCGGGAGCGUGGCAGGAACUGGAGUCGGGAGAGAGACUGGGAGAGAAGCCGGGAGUGGGAGCGACACCGGGAGAAAGACUGCGGCCGGGACUGGGACCGGGGCCGGGAGAGGAGCACCGGCAGGGACCAGGGCCGGGAGAGGAGCAGGAAUCGUGACCGGGACAGGCGGCGAGACCGAGACAGGUCCCGCAGCAGAGAGCGCGACCGCGACCGCGAGAGGGCCCGGGACAAGGAGCGGGAGUGUCGGGAGCGCGGCCGCGAGGCCAAGGACAGCAAGGAGCACGGCCGUGGCCGGGAGGGCGGCCGCGACCCGAAGCCCGAGGCGGCCAGGACCCCCGAGGGGGGCGCUGCCGCCUCCUCGCAGGCCUAGAGGCCUGUGGGGCCCUGCCAGAGGCGUGUGCGGCCGGAGGGGUGUCCUCCGGGACACAGGCCCACCUGUGAAGGAUCCUCUUAAAAUGCCAAGUUCAUAAAAUGUGUUGAGCAGAGA